UAAAUUUAGUUUUAGAGCGGAAAAAAUGACCUAUUUGUGAGAUAUACGGUUUCCAAAGGACACCUGAAGGCAACCCUGACCCGAACCAGGACAGAUUGACAGUUUUGAACUCAGAUCUCCACUCCGAAUAUCUUUGUAAACUAACGAAUUUAAAACAGAAUUUCCUCUGUGCUCCGUUGACCUUCAUCAUGACGUCCACGUCUGUCACCACUGUGGGUGGAGUCGUGAUUGUAACACAAAUUAUCCCCAAGGAUGACCUCUCCAUUCCCCUGCAGACUCCUGCCAACCCCACAGCACAGGCUCGGCACCCAGUCCCAAAGACCCCGCCUCGCCCCUCUAUGAAAGAGGGCAAGGAGGACAUCUUCCUGCGGGGGGAGCCACAGGCCCUCGGGGUUGUGCAGAUCUUCAUUGGCAUGCUGUCUGUACUCUUCAGUCUGAUGGUGUUAUUUUCAAAGGCUCUGAUCCUCUAUGUUCCGUUUAGCCUUGGUGUUUUGUUUGUAGUAUCUGGCUGUCUGGCUCUGGCGGCAGGAAGACGCACUUCCGCCGCACUGGUCUGGGUGUCUCUGGUGUCCAACGGGUUCAGCGUUCUGCUCAGCCUGGCAGGGGUGAUCUACAAUUGCUUGCUGCUGGCCAGUGGCCCCCCCUCCAAGAUUUUUUGUGACUACCAAAUCUCCAACAUUCAAUUCAAAGCUUUGAACAUCACCAGCAGAGCUGUGUCUGAAUGGGAACAGAGAUGCCCCGGGGAACUGUGGAGACUGGAUGAGCUGCUUUACGGACUCCUGGGCGUCUUUCUGGUCCUGCUCGUCCUGCAAGUUUGUGUCUCAGUCACAGUGUGUGUUUUAUCUGGAAGAAUUAUCAGAAGCUACAAGUGUUACUACCCUCUUGUGGUGAAGGCUGAUGACAACAGUUCUCUGCUUCCUUCUGGAGCAUUCGAACACAGCAGCGAGAACGACCUCCGAUCUGAAUCCCCCUGAAGAGAAAACUCUGAGUAUCAUUUUAAAUAAAAGUAUCAGACUGCAGUAAAACCACUACAAACUCUAUUACACUCUAACUCUGCCUGCUUGUCUUCUGUAACCAUUUUUUCUAUGUUCACUGUUCUGCUAGCUCACUUUUACAACACCAGAAAUAUGACGCACUUUUCUCUAUGUUCUAAUAAAUCAUUUAUUACUUUAGUGUUAGUCAUCCUGUCCUGCAUAAAAUGGUUCCUGGAGCUUUAGUGCUUCAAACUGAAGUACAGGAAAGUUCCCAGACAUUCCUCAAAUCCACAGAUGUUUGUGCAGCAGGUCAAAGAAAAUACAUGAAUGCAAUAAAAUGAGGUGUGUCCUGAAUUCUUUCUGACCCAGUUGUCUUCUGUAGGUCUAUUGAUCAUUAACAACAUUAAGAUUGUUUUUUGUUUUUGUUUGGAUUAUAUUACACCUUAGAUAAUAAACUCUCUUUACAACACA